AUGAAUUUUCUGCUUGGUAAUUGGAUAGGAAAUUUGUUCAACAAAUCGUUAGAGGAAGUCAAAAUUGGUGGGAGUGUAAUCUUCUGUGAAGCUGUGGCCAUAUACGGAGUUAUUGUGGCUAUUAUUCUACAGACAAAGCUAGAGAGUGUCCCGUCUGCAAAUACAUUUAAUGCAGAGUCUAUGAGAGCAGGGUUUGCUAUAUUUGCAUCUGGCAUCAUUGUGGGUUUUGCCAAUCUAUGUGAUAUGUUUUGCAGAGUUUGUGUUGGCAUAAUUGGAAGUAGCUGUGCACUUGCAGAUGCCCAAAAUUCUUCACUAUUUGUGAAAAUUUUAGUAAUUGAAAUUUUUGGAAGUGCACUUGGGCUGUUUGGCGUAAUUGUUGGAAUCAUUAUGUCAGCUCAAGCAGCGUUUCCAACAAAGGUUCAAUAGGAGGCAUAAUUUUACAACAAUUUCUGCCGUGAAAGUCUUCUUGGAGGGCAUUGUUUUUCAUGCACCAUGUUUUUACAUUGCAUUACAUUAGAUAAGUAUGUACUGAAAUGAGUUGAUUAUCUCUCAUUUAUGUGCACAAUCAUGGCAAUCAUAAUAUUUUAAUUUUAUCA